UUCUCGAUCGAUCUGCAUGAUCGCCUUAGGGACUGGAAUGCGAUAUCGCAGAGGCAGAUGGGCUGGAAGAAGGGGGAUGUAGUGGGGAAGAGCAUAUACGAGUUCUUGGUGGCGGAUGUUUUGAAGUCCAAGAUACAGCAAGGCAUUGAGCAUGCCAAAUCUAAGAGAGAAUCAGUUUCUCUCGAAUUCUCUGCAUCAAAGCCGGAUGGGUCUGUGAUUUUUUUGUCGCUCCGUGGAAUUCCCAUAGUACAGGAUGAUGCGAAGAGUUGUGAAGAAGUUUUGUUCGUUGGUCAAGAUAUCACUGAUAGAAAGCAAUACGAGCAGGAGAUGGUCAGGAAGGCGCAGGAGCUCAGAUCCUUUAUAGAUACUGUGAAUGCCCCUAUCUUUGGGACAGACGUCAGCUACAACAUUAAUGAGUGGAAUGAUCAGGCAGAGGAAGUUUCAGGAUUCAAAAGAAAUCAAGUCCUUGGGAAGAACUUCAUCGAAUUCUUCAUAGCACAUGAAAACCAAGUUUCUGUACGGGAUUUGUUGAAUGACGCCUUGAAUGGCAACAAUCGUACCAACUUCGAAUUGCCGCUCCUUGAUGCGAAGAAGCAGAGAUUGUUAGUGUUGCUCAACGUGACUGCUCGCAAGAAUAUUGAUGGGGAAGUCAUAGGCAUUAUGGGAGUGGGUCAAGACAUCACUGACCGAAAGCGAUUUCAAGAUGAGAGGGCAAGGGUGGCUCAAGAGCUGCAGAACUUCAUUGACACAGCGAAUGCACCCAUCUUCGGGAUCGAUCACAUGGGUUUGGUCAACGAGUGGAAUCUGAAAGCAGCAGAGAUAACCCAGUUUUCACGGGAAGAAGUCAUUGGCAAGAACCUUGUUGAAAUUUACAUCACAGACGAGUUCAGGUCCUCCGUCAAGCUGGUGCUAGACAAUGCCCUCAAGGGAUUUGAGGCAGCCAACUUUGAAUUCGCGUUGUACACCAAGGAUCAUCGUAGAGUUGAUGUGCUGCUUAACGCGACCCCGCGACGCGAUGUUGAAGGAAAUGUGAUCGGCGUCAUUGGCGUUGGGCAAGACAUCACGGAGAGGAAGAUGGCAGAAAUGGAAAAAGCCAGAGUGGCGCAGGAGCUUCAGACGUUUAUUGACACGGCCAAUGCUCCGAUCUUUGGAAUAGAUGAUCAAGGGCUUGUCAAUGAGUGGAAUAUGAAGGCUGCCGAACUGACAGGUUUCUCAAAACAAGAAGUGCUUGGCCAGAAUCUUGUUGAAGUGUACAUCGGCGAAAAGUUUCGGAACACUGUGAAUGGUGUCCUACAGAACGCCUUGUGUGGAAUGGAGACAUCAAACAUUGAGUUCCCAUUGUAUACAAAGGAAGAAAAGCGAAGAGUUGAAGUACUUGUGAAUGCUACAGCACGCAGGGACAUCAACGGGAAUAUCAUCGGAGUCAUCGCUGUUGGACAAGACAUCACAGAGAGGAAGCGUGUUGAAGGAGAGAAGACGCGAGUCGCGAAGGAGCUGCAGACUUUCAUCGACACGGCCAACGCCCCCAUCUUCGGUAUCGACGCCAAGGGCCUCGUCAACGAGUGGAACAACAAGGCGGCAGAGAUCACUGGCUUCUCCCGGGAGGAAGUGCUGGGUCAAGACCUUGUGGAGGUGUACAUCAGCGAGGAGUUCCGCCAGUCCGUUCGCGAAGUACUGGACAAUGCUCUUCAACAGAAGGCAACGGCGAACUUCGAGUUUCCCCUCUACACGAAGGACGAGCGACGAGUGGACGUGUUGCUCAACGCCACCCCCCGACUGGAUGCGAACGGGAACGUGGUGGGAGUGAUCGGGGUAGGGCAGGACAUCACGGCGAGGAAGCUUUUCGAGGAGGAGAAGACGCGAGUCGCGAAGGAGCUGCAGACUUUCAUCGAUACGGCCAACGCCCCCAUCUUCGGUAUCGACGCCAACGGGCUUGUGAACGAGUGGAACAACAAGGCGGCAGAGAUCACGGGCUUCUCAAAAGAUCAGGUGUUGAACCGCAAUCUUGUAGAAGAUUUCAUCAGUCCAGACUACAGGGUGUCGGUGUCUCAGGUACUGACGAACGCGCUGAAGGGUCGGGGGACGGCGAACUUCGAGUUUCCGUUGUUUACAGUUGAUAAGAGACGUGUCGAAGUGCUCCUGAAUGCAACACCGAGGAAGGAUAUCUCUGGGAAUGUUGUGGGAGUGAUCGGGGUAGGGCAGGACAUCACAGAUAGGAAACAAGUUGAAGUAGAGAAGACCCGGGUAGCCGAGGAGCUACAGAAUUUCAUCGACACGGCUAACGCCCCCAUCUUCGGUAUCGAUGCGAACGGGUUUGUGAACGAGUGGAACAACAAGGCGGCAGAGAUCACGGGGUUUUCUAAGGAGGAGGUGCUCGGCAAGGAUCUGGUAGAGGUGUACAUUACCGACGAGUAUCGUUCUUCGGUCAAGGAAGUACUCGAUAACGCGCUCCAAGGUCACGAGACCGCCAACUUCGAGUUUCCCCUCUUCACAAAGAAUCAAAGGCGUGUUGAAGUUCUGUUGAAUGCAACGACAAGGAGAGACGAAUCUGGGAAAGCCGUGGGAGUGAUCGGGGUAGGGCAAGACAUUACAGAGAGGAAGCAGGUUGAGUCCGAGAAAUUCCGGGUAGCUCAAGAAUUGCAAGCGUUCAUCGAUUCAGCGAAUGCGCCAAUCUUCGGUAUCGAUGCUAAAGGCAGAAUCAACGAAUGGAACAACAAGGCUGCUGAGAUCACCAAUUUCUCGAGCAUGGAGGUGUUGGGAAGGGAGCUGGUGAAGGAUUUCAUCACUGAGGAAUAUCGCGAGACUGUGAAGGAGGUGCUCGACAACGCGCUGAGGGGAGUCGAGGCCUCCAACUUUGAGUUCCCUCUGUACACGAAAGAUCAAAGGCGAGUCGAAGUUCUCUUGAAUGCUACCACGAGGCGAGACGUGAGCGGCCGCGUUGUAGGGGUGCUUGGUGUUGGCCAGGACAUCACGCAGAGAAAGCGAGUAGAGAUUGAAAUGACGCGUAUUGCCCGUGAACUGCAGACUUUCAUCGACACAGCCAACGCCCCCAUCUUCGGUAUCGAUGACCAAGGACUGGUGAACGAGUGGAACAACAAGGCGGCAGAGAUCACUGGAUACUCGAAGGCUGAAGUGCUGGGCAAGAAUCUGGUGGAGGUGUACAUCACCGAAGAGUUCAGAGCCUCGGUGAAGGAAGUACUCGACAAGGCGUUGAAGGGCGCAGAGACAGCCAACUUCGAGUUUCCUCUCUUCACCAAGGACAUGCGCAGAGUGGAUGUUCUGUUGAACGCCACGACGCGACUUGGAGACGGGGGCCGAGUGGUGGGAGUGAUCGGGGUAGGGCAGGACAUCACAGAGAGGAAGCGUGCAGAGGAAGAAAAGACGCGAGUGGCCAAGGAGCUACAGAAUUUCAUCGACACGGCCAACGCCCCCAUCUUCGGUAUCGAUGCAGAAGGUCUCGUAAACGAGUGGAACAACAAGGCGGCAGAGAUCACGGGCUUCUCCAGCGAAGAUGUGCUGGGGAGAAACUUGGUUCAGGAUUUCAUCACUGAAGAAUACCGCGUUACAGUGAAGGAAGUGCUUGACAAUGCUCUCCUUGGUAUUGAGACUUCUGAUUUUGAGUUCCCUUUAUAUACGGUGGACAAGAGGAGGGUGGAAGUGCUUCUCAAUGCCACCUCUCGUCGCAACACAGCGGGAAAGAUCGUUGGUGUGAUCGGGGUAGGGCAGGACAUCACCGAGAGGAAACGUGUUGAGGAGGAGAAGGCAAGAGUCGCGCAAGAGCUGCAGACUUUCAUCGACACGGCCAACGCCCCCAUCUUCGGUAUCGACGCCAACGGGCUUGUGAACGAGUGGAACAACAAGGCGGCAGAGAUCACGGGAUUUUCUAGGGAGCAGGUGAUCGGUCGCAGCCUUGUCAAAGAUUUUAUCACGGAGGAAUACCGUGUAUCGGUCCGAGAUGUGCUGGACAAGGCGCUCAAGGGUGUUGGUACAGCGAACUUCGAGUUCCCCUUGUACACAGUCGAUGGCCAGAGGGUUGAGGUGUUGCUGAAUGCCACGACAAGAAGAGACGCUCACGGAAAUGUGACCGGAGUCGUUGGCGUUGGACAAGACAUCACGGAUAUCAAACGAUCUCAGGAGGAGAUGACUCGUGUUGCCAACGAACUUCAGACUUUCAUCGACACGGCCAACGCCCCCAUCUUCGGUAUCGACGCCAAGGGCCUCGUCAACGAGUGGAACAACAAGGCCGCAGAGAUCACUGGCUUCUCCCGGGAGGAGGUGCUGGGUCAAGACCUUGUGGAGGUGUACAUCAGCGAGGAGUUCCGCCAGUCCGUUCGAAAGAUUUGCGACUUGGCAUUGCAGAAAGUGGCAACGGCGAACUUCGAGUUUCCCCUCUACACGAAGGACGAGCGACGAGUGGACGUGUUGCUCAACGCCACCCCUCGACUGGAUGCGAACGGGAACGUGGUGGGAGUGAUCGGGGUAGGGCAGGACAUCACGGCGAGGAAGCUUUUCGAGGAGGAGAAGACGCGAGUCGCGAAGGAGCUGCAGACUUUCAUCGACACGGCCAACGCCCCCAUCUUCGGUAUCGACGACAAGGGGCUUGUGAACGAGUGGAACAACAAGGCGGCAGAGAUCACUGGCUUCUCCCGUGAGGAGGUGCUGGGUCAAGACCUUGUGGAGGUGUACAUCAGUGCGGACUUCAGAUCGACCGUAUCCGAGGUUUUGGAGAACGCGCUGAAGGGUCGGGGGACGGCGAACUUCGAGUUUCCCCUCUAUACCAAAGAUGGACGGAGAGUUGAAGUGCUCCUGAACGCGACGCCAAGAAGAAACAUGGCUCGACAGGUUGUGGGAGUGAUCGGGGUAGGGCAGGACAUCACCGAGAGAAAGGAAGUCGAGAUCGAGAAGACUAGAGUCGCGCAAGAGCUGCAGACCUUCAUUGACACGGCCAACGCCCCCAUCUUUGGUAUCGACGACAAGGGUUUGAUCAACGAGUGGAACAACAAGGCGGCAGAGAUCACUGGCUUCUCGAGACAGAUGGUGUUCGGACAGAACCUGGUCGAGAAGUAUAUCACUGAGGAAUAUAGGGAGCAGGUCAAAAUGGUUCUUGACAAUGCGCUGGAGGGUGAGGAGACUGCCAAUUUUGAGUUUCCUCUGUUCACGAAUACAGGGAGGCGUGUAGAUGUGUUGCUGAAUGCCACUACCCGAAGGGAUGUGACAGGGCGGCCAAUCGGUGUGAUCGGUGUUGGGCAGGACAUCACUGAGAGGAAACAAGUAGAGGAAGAGAAGACUCGAGUGGCACAAGAGCUGCAGACUUUCAUCGACACAGCCAACGCCCCCAUCUUCGGUAUCGACGCCAACGGGCUUGUGAACGAGUGGAACAACAAGGCGGCAGAGAUCACUGGAUACUCGAAGGCUGAAGUGCUGGGCAGGAAUCUGGUGGAGGUGUACAUUACUCAAGAGUUCCGGCCGUCGGUGAAGAAAGUACUAGACGAUGCUCUGCUGGGGAAAGAGAAAUCCAACUUCGAGUUUCCUCUCUUCACCAAGGAUAAACGUCGAGUGGAAGUUCUGCUGAACGCCACCACUCGACGUGACGUCACAGGUGCCAUAGUCGGAGUGAUCGGGGUAGGGCAGGACAUCACCGAGAUGCGUCGACUGAUGGAACAAGAGGCCCUCCUCUUCCAGGCUCAGGCUGCGAACGAUGCUAAGUCGCAAUUCUUGGCGACCAUGUCGCACGAGAUGAGAACGCCGCUGAAUGUGAUCAUGGGGAUGAACGACUUGAUCCUCGAAACAAGCUUGCUGGAUGAGCAGAGGAAGUUUGCGGAACAGAUCAAAUCGUCCUCCGAGUCCCUACUGGUCCUUAUAAAUGACAUCCUUGAUCUCACCAAGAUUGAGGCUGGCAAGCUCGAGCUGGUCAGCGUUGACUUCGAUCUCCGGCAGGUCAUUGAGGACACGGUUGACUCCGUGGCUUCCAAGGCCCUCGGCAAGGGGCUGGAGAUCUGCUGCUAUAUGAGCCCCAACACCCCGACGGUGGUGAACGGCGACCCUGACAGGCUGAGGCAGAUCCUGCUGAACCUUCUGUCCAACGGGAUCAAGUUCACCAAUUCGGGUCAGGUGUACCUGCUGGCUGAGAUGGAGGAGGAGACGCCGACCCACCAGGCCUUCCGUUUCAAAGUGUAUGACUCGGGCAUCGGCAUCUCCGAGGAGGGCCAGAAGAAGCUGUUCAACCGAUUCUCCCAGGUCGACUCCUCCACAACCCGCACGUACGGAGGGACGGGCCUCGGCCUUGCGAUCUCGAAGCAGUUUGCCGAGCUGAUGAACGGGUCCAUGGGGGUCCAGAGCAACCUGGGCAAGGGGUCCUUGUUCUGGUUCAAUGCGGUCUUCAAGAAGAUCAACACUGCAGUGCAGCCCACCUUCUCUCUCCCUAGCGCUAGCAACAAGGCGCCCCCUAGCGCUGCCCAGAGCAGCGUUGUGGCUGCUCCUGCUCCUGCUCCAGCUGCAGUGCAGCCGAAGAAGGAGUCGAAGGCAGCGAGGAUUUUGAUCGUGGAGGAUCACUGGGCGAACAGGAAGCUGCUGGAAGCGAUGCUGCUGCAGAAGGGACACGAGCUGCACUGCGUUGAGAACGGGGUGGAGGCAGUGAACAUCACCGCAGUGGUUGAGUUCGACCUCGUGCUCAUGGACUGCAACAUGCCCAUCAUGGACGGAUGGCAGGCAACGGAGAAAAUCCGGCAGCGAGCAGGGCUGAACCAGACGACUCCGAUCAUCGCCGUAACAGCCAACGCCAUGAAAGGCGACAGGGACAAGUGUAUAGCCGCGGGGAUGGACGACUACAUCAGCAAGCCUGUGGAGAGGAAGCGCCUGUAUGAGAUAAUCGCCAAGUGG